AUGACUGCGUACCCCUUCGGAUGGACACAGUCCAGAAGCCAGGACGUGACCCAGACAGACAAUGCCACAGUCCUCGAUAGUGGGACCGCAUCCAUGUGGGUCAUGCAAGGCUACUGGCAGGAAUCUGAUCUUCCGAACUUUGAUCCCAGCUAUGCGGCUAUACUGGCAACGAAAUUCGGUAUUGACUUCACGCCGACUGGCACAGGCACAGCCGAUGCCCCAGCCGAAACAGCGUCUCCGCCAGGUCGAAGCCAACUCACCUCAGCCACGUCGACGGUCGAGACGGACUCUGGAGAAGCUACCGGUCUCAGUAGCGGUGCCAAGGCAGGCAUUGGCGUUGGAGUAGCCUUGGGAGUAAUACUACUGUGCGCCGCUGGUUUCCUACUCUACAGGAAACGCGUUCAGAAGGCGAAGCUGGACCGCAAAUCUGCUUUACAAAACGAACAACCUGAGUUGGUUCAGACGCGCGCCGCAUAG